UCGGACGGUUCCCGCUGCUGCUGCUGGCCACUCUUCUCCUGCUCGUUGUCAUGUUGUUCCACGUAUGGGUCGUUGUGCGGGGUCCUCGCAGUGGACGGAAACGACCAACUUUGAGAAGACGACGAUGGACAGGCCUGAAGCAUCCAACAGACAAUCGGGGCGCGCCGUCGAGUACUCCACUUCGGGAGCGACGGUCGGGGCGCGUCUUGCAGGCGCAUAUGACCCAACAUUGUACAGUAAUCUCCCACCUCACGAGAAGCCGUUAUCGCCGGAUCUUGAAGAGCAAUGGGUGGAUGAUCUGUCCCGCACUCUGCCUCUGGGGAUCGGAUCGACGCAGGACUGGAUGGGGGGCCAUAGUGGACAACGGGAGGCCGUGACAAGUCGUCAUUCGUUCUCUGCUCUGCUAGAGAACGAUGUCGGUGGAGGCGAUAUGGAGAUUGUGGACUUGGAUUUUGGUUUGUCAAGCGGGAGUGGUCCAACAGCUACACACACUCGCACGUUCAACCCAGUGCCUGGUGUGACCGUCGGCGGAUCGAGCAUGCACGGUGAAAGCUCCUCUCUGCAAGGUGUGAGCCCUGAUGGGUGUCGUCCGCCGCCUCCAUUUUCUCGGGGUGCGGGAUCAUCCGGUGACAUGUUUCGCAUGUCGUUGCCCCCCCCUUCGACAUCGCCUUUGAGUGACCACGCCAGAGGAUGGGAGCACCAGCGGCGAACACAAGCAUUGCCGGAUCAGACGAUGUCGGCGACAGAUGCGUUAAAUGGCCGCGGAGAACAUAACGAAUGGGGUGCAAAGGCAGUUCAUGAACAAGUUAUGGAGGUGUCCGAUUGUGUGUCGUUGUCGGAAUCCAUUGUGCAAUUUUGCUGCGCUAUGGCAUCGGGUGCGAUCCCACGGGCGACUCCAAAAUGGUGGAUGAGGAGAAGGACGGGCGGGACAUGGGAGGAUCUCCGGAAGAUGGAUGACACGGCGGAGGGCUACUAUAAGGAGAAGCUGCAGAUGUCCCGUAGAGUAUUCCUGGAGAUCGUCGAGGCAUUGUCCCCUAAUCUGCAGCGCAGCGUGACAUUGUACAGGGAGCCUUUGAUGCCCGAUCACGUCGCAUACGCACUUUAUCGUUGGGCAAGCGGGGAGACGUACGAGAGCAGCACGUCAUCAUUCGGUAUAGGUCGCGCAUCAGGAUUGAUUGCAGUGGAGGACGUGACGAGGGCACUUCUCAGUGUGUACCGAGAGAAGAUCAUUUGGCCUUCUGGGUUGUGGCGGUUGGUCGUUCUGCGUGCGUUCGAGGCGAAGGGUUUCCCCAAUUGCUAUGGCUGCAUGGACGACACUUACAUCUAUGUGGGCAAACCAGCCAACGCGCCAUCCGAGAACUAUUUCGACCGGAAGCAUCAUUUUUCAGUGGUUGCGCUGGCGGUUGUGGACUUGGACUUGCAUGUCACCGACGUUUUCGUCGGCUAUCCAGGGAGCUGUCACGACAUCCGAGUGCUUCAGUUGUCCAGUCUGUGGAUGCGCAAUGAAGCGGGGGAUCUUUUUCGUGGUCCUGUUGUGCUCUUGCCAUUCGGGGUGCAAACACGCGGCUACAUCCUUGGCUAUAAAGGCUAUCCUCCCAUGGAGUGGAUCGUGGUGCCUUUUGGAGGGACCGAUCAAAUCCCCGACGAGGAGAGGUUCGACAACAAGCAGAAGGUCGCCAGUGGAGUGGUGGAGAGACCUUUUGGUAGGUUGAAGGGGAUGUGGAGGUUUUUCCUCCGCACAUGCAAAACGAAUAUGGACACUCUACCACAACAGUUCCAAGCCGUGUGCAUUCUGCACAACAUUCUCCCGGAUGUCGGCAUCGAUUUCGACGACAACUUGUUGUGGGAGGUGGACGCGAAUGGUGUGCGCCGGCGAGUGGACUUGGGGAUGGGUCAUCCACCCCACUCUAUUGUGGAGAACUUCAAUCGGCCCCCGGCGAUGGCCUUGGGCGAAGCACUUGCGGAGCGCAUGAAACACGAGUGAACGCACUCGUGCACUCUCCACAUCACUACCUCGGUCGUUGCUAUGUUGUGGAGGAUGACCGUCCUCAUGUUCG